AUGCUGAAGAAGUACUAUUUCGAGCGAUCAUCGGCUUUAUUUGAUGCUGUUUUCAAAUAUUAUGCAACAGGCCAAUUACAUCGGCCGUUGGACGUUUGCCCACAGGAAUUCGCUAAUGAACUUUCAUACUGGAAUAUUCUGAAUCUGUUAUGUCCAGUUGUUGUUUGGCGUGGCUAUAAUCAGCUGAGCGCUUCAAUCGAGGAGCUAACCCAUAAGAAGAACAAAGUACUUGAAAUGAAUGAUAGCUCAUUACGAAGUCGGAUACAUCAUUUCUGUGAAGGAGAUGGAUCAUUACUAUCGACACUAUUUACCUUUGGCAGCAUAUCCUUUGUAUUGAUCUCUGUUAUUGGCCUUAUUUUGGGAUCGAUUCACGAAUUUCAGGUAAUUCGCAAUUGUCGGGCCCACUGUGAUUAA